AGAUAUUUAAAUUCCAGAUUAAAUUAAAAAUUAAUCAUAAAUAUGGAAGAAAAUAAGAACGUUCAGGCUGUACAGCCUGAGAAGCCAAAGCUCUGUAGCUACUCAGAGCUAUUCCAGUUCCUCCACGGCUCCGACAGAUGGCUCCUUCUCAUCGGAUUCAUUGCCGGAAUCGCUGGUGGGCUCUCAAUGCCAGCAUUUGUGUUCUUCUUUGGCAAACUUACAGACUCAUUCAGUCCAGAAGAAGGAGGUGCAGAGACUCUCAACCAAAUCACGAGACUCUCCAAGAUCUACCUCAUCAUCGGAGCCAUAAUCUGGGUGUUGUCGUUCAUCUUCUUCUCGUUCUGGGGAAUCAUCGCAGAGAAAGUUGGAUACGAGUUCAAGUACAGAUACCUCAGAGCCAUCUUGCAGCAAGAAGCUGCCUGGUACGACGAGAAGGAUCCCCUUGAGUUACCAACCAAGAUCAGCAAUGAGUGUGCAAAGAUACAGGCAGCUAGCGGAGAGAAGCUCAUAAUGAUAUUCAACUCGAUGUCUCAGUCAUUAGGAGGGUUUGUCAUUGCAUUUACUAUUGGAUGGAAAUACUCAUUUGCUGCAUUAGGAAUUUUCCCAUUGUUGGGCUGAGGAAUCGCAAUCAUGGGAGUAGGAAUUAAGAUGGGAUAUGCUAAAUCUGCUGCUUCGUACGCUAAAAGCUCCUCGUAUGCUGAGCAAGCCCUUAACAGUAUUAAAGUAGUGUCUGCAUUUGGGCAGGAGAAGAGGGAAAUCGAUAAUUAUGUAAGACAUCUUGACGAGGCGAGAAAAGCAGGUCAGACUGGAAAAGCAAUCAUUGCUACUUCUUUAGCGCUUUUCAACUUCUUGAUCUUUUUGUCGUAUGCUUACGGUCUCUUCGUUGGAGGGCAAUUUGUUAAAGCCAGGAUAUGGAACCAUAACAAGGGGAGACCAUACAGUUCUGGAGAUAUCAUUUCUGUAUUUUUUGGGGUCCUGAUUGGUAUCUUCGCUAGUGGAGCAUCUGCACCUAAUUUUAAAACAGUGUCAGAAGGAAGGAUCGCUGCGUAUAAUGCAUUACAGGUUAUCCAUAGACAGCCAAAGAUUAUGAUAGAUGAUGCAAGUGCUAAAGAUGUCAGUGAAAUAUCUUCAGACAUCUCAUUUGAGAAUGUAUCCUUUAAAUAUACUACCAGAGAAGAAAAGGCUUUAGAUAACAUUUCGUGCACUAUCCAGAAAGGCAAAACCACUGCCUUUGUUGGUCCUUCCGGAUCAGGUAAAUCCACCAUUGUCAAACUUCUUGAGCGAUUCUACGACCCUGAUCAAGGAAGAGUCCUUGUUAAUGGCCACGACCUCAAGCAGCUUAACCUCAGACAGUUCAGACACAAAGUUGGCUAUGUAGGACAAGAGCCUGUGUUGUUCAACGAAAGCAUCAAAGACAACAUGCUCAAUGCAAAGCCUGAUGCCACUGAAGAUGAGAUCAUUCAUGCCCUUGAACAAGCCAACGCCAUGACCUUCAUCAACAGACUGUCUGAAGGUAUCAAGACCAAUGCUGGAGCUUCUGGUGGUCAGCUCUCAGGUGGAGAGAAACAGAGAAUUGCACUGGCCAGAGCCUUCCUGAAACAACCAGACUUGUUGAUUCUGGAUGAAGCAACAAGUGCUCUUGAUCGAAGAAAUGAGACCGAAGUACAGAAGGCGAUCGAGAACAUCAACAGAGAGACUGACAUCACGACUGUGGUGAUUGCUCACAGACUUUCCACUAUUAAAAAGGCAGACAAGAUUAUUGUGAUUGACAAGGGACAGAUCAAGGAAGUUGGAAACCAUGAUUCAUUACUUGAACAAUAUCCAGAAGGGAUCUAUGCUGGCUUAGUUAACACUCAACAACAUGCUGAAGUAACUCCGAAUUCAGACGAUGAACUUGAUGUCUCUCCAAGAGAAUUGGAGAAAUUUGAACCUACUCUUAAUAAGACUCCUAGUCAACUUGAUGCUCAGAGAAAACUCGAGAAAGAAAUGUCAGAAGAAGCUGAUCGCGAAAAAGAAGAACAAGACAAAGAAAUAAAUGACUUGAGAAUCUUAAGAAAGAAGAAUGGUUUCUUUAAGAGACUCUGUGCUCACAAUAAGCCAGUGAUCUUCGUGUUUAUUGGAAUCUUGGCAUGCAUGAUUUCAGGAUCUUUGUUCCCAACAUUUGCUGUAUUCUGGACUAAAAUCCUCUUCGUAAUGAUGGACUUUUCCAACAUGGGGUCACAAUUGCUUAAAUAUUGUGGACUCUUGCUUGGGAUUGGAUUUGUAGCUUUAGUAGUUAUCUUUACUGAGAAGUUCUUGUUUGGAAGCCUUGCUGAAACUAUGUCAAGGAACAUUCGUGAAGAGACUUACUCUGCAAUCUUGAGAAAACAUGUUGGAUGGUUUGAUUCACAAGAAAAUACUCCAGGACAGCUUAACACUAUCUUGUCUACAGAAGUGAACACUUUGAAUGGAGCUUCGACAGAAUCUGUGGCAGUGAUGUUCCAAUCAUUUACAGGGCUCUUAAUAGGUGUGGGACUUGCACUUUUCUUUGAGUGGAGAAUUUCAUUAGUGGCUCUGGCUGUAGCUCCAGUGAUGAUGCUCUCUGCAGCUAUCAACUCUAAAGUUAAAGUUUCUGAUCUUGUUGAAGGUCAAAAGAACGAAGUUAAAGUAAAUUCUACAGUUUCAGACACUAUUGUAAAUUACACAACUGUUGCGUCAUUUGCUAAUGAAUUUGUCCUGAUCAAAAAGUAUCAAGAAAUUCUAAGUAUAAAGUUAAAGAAGGAUAUUAUGAAAUGUUAUAUCUCGGGAAUGUUGUUUGGAUUCUCCCAAUUCAUGCAAUUUGGAAUGUAUACAGUCAUGUUUUGGUCUGGAGCAAAGUUUGUAGAGAAAUAUAAUGUUAACCCUCAAAAUCUUUUCACAGCUAUCUAUAUCAUGAUGUUUGCAGCCAUUGGAGCAGGUCAAGCUCAACAGCAUGGACCUGCUGCAGGAAAAGGGAUAGAGGCAGCUACAAAGAUCUAUAAUAUUAUUGAUGAACCUAGUCUAAUUGAUCCAUUCCAGCUUAACUCCAACGAAAGAAUUGCUACAAAAGAAAACAUUAAGGGUCGCAUUGAGUUCAAAAAUGUAUGGUUCAGAUAUCCAACCAGAACUGACAACUGGAUCCUCAAAGGCCUCAACAUGACCAUCUCUCAGAAUGAGUGUGUCGGACUUGUCGGCCAGUCAGGUGGAGGCAAGUCCACCAUUAUCCAGCUGCUGUACAGAUUCUACGACCCACAGAAAGGCCAGAUUCUUGUGGAUGGACAUGACAUUAAAGAGUACAAUGUCAGGAGUCUGAGGGCACAAUUCGGGCUGGUCCAACAAGAGCCUGUGUUGUUUAAUUACUCGGUCAAAGACAACAUCAGUUAUGCUAAAGAACAUGCAACUCUUAAAGAAAUCAAGGAUGCAGCUAUAGUUGCAAAUGCCCAUGACUUUAUUCAAGAAAUAGAGUUUGAUGCCAAUGCAAGCAAAGAGGAAACUAAAUUCCCAGAGAACGCUAUGACCCCUCUAAGAAGUUCUGAUUACUCAGAUACUAGUUUUGAAGAAUUACCACCAGGCUAUAACACCUUGUGUGGUGUCAAAGGUAGUAAAUUCUCCGGUGGUCAGAAACAAAGAAUUGCUGUUGCCAGAGCCAUCAUCACCCGCCCUCAACUUCUGAUGCUCGAUGAAGCCACUUCGGCUCUGGACGAAGAGUCACAGAAGAAAGUGCAGGACGCCCUCGACAACGUCAUGAAAGAAACCACGUCAAUCGUGAUUGCCCACAGACUCACCACGAUCAGAAAAUGUGAUAGACUCAUCGUACUGGAUCAGGGAGUGAUGAGCGAAGAAGGAAGUUACGAUGAACUGAUGAGGGCUGGAGGACAGUUUGCACAGAUCAGCUCAGACAUGCAGGCAUAA